AUUGCGCGUCAGGUAGAAUCCCGCACUAAACCUAUGUGUGGUCACGUGGUGUCCUACGUCACAUGUAAACUGGAUUGAAGAUGGCGGCUGCCGGAGGAGAGCCCUCUUGUCAGACUGUGUCGGAUGAAUUAUUUCAAAACUUCUAUACGGAGGUGAAGCAGAUUGAGAAGAGAGACUCGGUGUUAACCUCCAAGCAGCAGAUUGACAGACUGCUCAGACCCGGCGCAUCAUACUUCAACCUCAACCCCUUUGAGGUGCUGCAGAUUGAUCCCGAUGCAACAGACGAUGAAUUGAAGAAAAGAUUUCGGGCGUUGUCCAUUUUGGUCCAUCCAGACAAAAAUCAGGAUGACCCAGACAGAGCACAGAAAGCCUUUGAAGCUGUGGACAAGGCAUACAAACUCCUUCUGGACCCAGAACAGAAGAAGAGAGCCUUAGAUGUGAUCCAUGCAGGAAAAGAAUAUGUGGAGCAUAUGGUAAAAGAGAAAAGGAAACAGCUGAAGAAAGAAGGGAAACCACAGGAUGUGGAGGAGGACGACCCAGAGUUGUUCAAGCAAGCAGUUUAUAAACAGACCAUGAAGCUGUUCGCAGAGCUGGAAAUCAAGAGGAAGGAAAGGGAAGCAAAGGACAUGCAUGAAAGGAAAAGGGCAAGAGAGGAAGAGAUCGAGGCAGCAGAGAAAGCAAAGCGAGAGAGAGAAUGGCAGAAAAACUUUGAGGAAACAAGAGAUGGCCGUGUGGACAGUUGGAGGAACUUCCAGGCUAAAGGCAAGAGCAAGGAGAAAAAGAACAGGUCUUUCCUCAAGCCCCCUAAAGUCAAGAUGGAACAGAGAGAAUGAUGCUGUAAAAUUGGACUUCACUAGAUUCAGAUCCACUGUUGAAAAAAACAACCCCCCACUUCUGUGUAUCGACACGUCAUCGUCUGCAGUCAGCUGUGUUCUCCUCAUCACACAGUCAUAAGGACAUGUGUCACAUGAUGACGUCCUCAUCCGGACCCUGACAAAACGUAGUUUUGUACUUGGUUUUCUAAAUGUACAUAUUUGUGACCUGGAGCCAGAGAUCAUAACUGUCUCGUGUAAGAAAUGAUGCAUCUUCCACUUCUGUAAUUGAUGAGAAAAAUGUGGUUUGCCAUUAUUUCUGCUUUUUGUUCUUUUCUCUUUGUUUUUUUAAACUAAAUAAAGCUUGGUCUUAACAAGCCGA